GACCAAACAAACUUGUGUCUUCCUCGUCUCACUGCCUCCACCGCCGCCGGCGAAAUCAAUCGUGUCUUUCUCUAAUUACAGUAGUCAACAAUGGUGAACCAAAGGAGAAGACUUGCGCAGAAGCGAUACAAGGAAGCUAAUCCAGAGCUGUUUCCAAAAGCAGAACCAACGCCACCAAAGGACCCUAAUAAGAAGAAGAAGAAGAAAAGCUUGUUCAAGAAAAAGAAACCUGGAUCUUCCACUGAUAGACCUCAGAGAACAGGCUCUUCCACAAGACAUCCUCUUCGAGUUCCUGGUAUGAAACCUGGAGAAGGCUGUUUUAUAUGUCAUUCCAAAACCCAUAUUGCUAAGCUUUGUCCUGAAAAAUCUGAGUGGGAGAGAAACAAGAUAUGCUUGCAAUGUAGGAGGAGAGGGCAUAGUCUUAAAAACUGCCCUGAAAAGAACAAUGAGAGCUCCGAGAAGAAGCUCUGUUACAAUUGUGGAGAUACUGGUCAUUCACUUUCCCAUUGUCCUUACCCUAUGGAAGAUGGAGGGACCAAAUUUGCAAGUUGUUUCAUAUGCAAGGGACAAGGGCACAUAAGCAAGAACUGUCCCGAAAACAAGCAUGGAAUCUACCCAAUGGGCGGGUGUUGUAAAGUGUGCGGGAGUGUGGCGCAUCUCGUCAAAGACUGUCCUGAUAAAUUCAACCAAGAGUCAGCCCAACCAAAGAAGACUUCAAGAUUUGAUGCUACACCAAGAGGAAAGCUCACUAAGUUUAGUGGGGACGAUCUUGAAGACGAUUUCACUGAAGAGCCCAAAAGCAGCAAGAAGAUCAAUACCUCUGAUGAUUCAGCUCAGAAUAGUGUCGAGGUGAAGAAAAAGAAACAAGGUCCAAAGAUUGUCAAUUUCGUUGGAUGAUCACAAGAGGAUCGAAAAGGGUCAUCAAUUUUGUAGGAUAUAUCAAAAGUUUUGUUUUCUAAUCUCCCUUUUAGUCUUGUGUAAGAACAAAAAAAUCCUAGUUAUUCAGAACAAUGCUAUGUAAUGGAACCACACAGCCAAUUCUGUUUCAGAUAAUCUUCUAAACCG